AGCUGUCGGAUGUCGAACCCCAUUCUCCGUUAGCGAACCGCGGCGAAGCGCGGCGCCGGCGAAUCGUGUGCCGUUUGGAGGCCCGCGGAGUGUCCGCUGAUGCGGACGAGCCUGUGCCUGCUGGCCCUUGGGCCCGUCGCGGCCCAGAGGCAUUGGCAUGGCCAUAGCGAGUUGCAGCCAGACGAGCUCUCUCGAGAGCUGAAGGCCGAGUCGCCGGAAGCGGAGACGCUGCUACGGCUCCGGCGGGCCGUGCCGCAGAGGUGGCCGAUUUGGGACACCUCCCACAUGGAGGCCUUCGGGCACCUGCUGGGCGCCCGGAAGUUCGGGCCCCACGCCACGUCCGCCGCACAUUUUGAAUGGCCACAACGAGGUCUCACAUCUCUGGAGUACCUCGCGUCCGCGGAAUGGGGUUUCAUGGCGGUGGUGCUGGCCAUGCUUCUCACCUUGGACGCGGUGCUGCUGCAGAGCCUCCCGGAGUCCCGGAGGUCUCACGUCAGCGUGCUGCUGAUCUGGAUCGCUGUGGCGCUGGCGUGCUGCGUGGAGGUUUGGGUCUGCGCGGGGACUGAAGCCGGCACUACCUGGCUCUCCGGGUACCUCAUGGAGAUGCUCUACUCGGCGGAUCACGUCUUUGUGAUGCAGAUGAUCUUCAGCAGUUUGGACACCCCUCACCGGCUGAUGCCGAAGGCGCUCUACAUCGCCAUGAUGGGCAGCAUGGGCUUCCGGUUGAUUGGGUUUCUGGGAGCGCCGGUGAACACCCGGAUCUUCUCCUGGAUCUUGGGCACUGUCUUUGUGUACGCAGGCAUCUCGCGGCUGGCGCGCCGGGCCGGCAGCUGCCCGGACGUCACGGACAGCCCGGCCGUUCGCGUGCUCCGCACCUUGCUGGGCGAGCGGCUCGGGGAGUUCUACGACGAGGACGGCGAGGCCAUUCUGGUGGAUGUGAAGGGCAAGUACCGGCUGAGCCUCCUGGGCGUGG